GUAUUUACGGCGCUCGGCCGCCCCAGCUCAGGCUCAAGUCUGCGCUUCCAGGUUCAGUUUCAGGGUCUCGCCGGCAGCCCCAGCCGGCGGGAGCGGAGCAGAGGGCGGGGCCCGGACUGCAGGCUCCUCUGGGGGCCCCGGACUUGGGGAGCGGCGUCUGGGAGCCCCCGGAGGAGGAUGGGCUGCAGACACAGCAGGCUGAGCAACUGCAAAACCCCCAAAAAGAAGCGCCAAGGACCAGAACAGCCACCCAGACCAGAGUCCCAGGAAUUAGGUCCCCUCAAUGGGGACACAGCUAUAACUGUCCAGCUCUGUGUAUCAGAGGAGGCUGAGCAGCACCAGAAGGAUAUAACCAGAAUUCUCCAACAACAUGAAGAGGAAAAGAAGAAAUGGGCACAACAGGUGGAGAAGGAAAGGGAGCUAGAGCUUCGAGAGAGACUGGACGAGCAGCAAAGUGUCCUGGAAGGAAAGCAUGAAGAGGCCCUGCAAGUCCUCCGGGCCUCAUAUGAACAAGAGAAAGAAGCACUCGCCCACUCUUUCCAGGAGGCCAGUGCUGCCCAGCAGGAGACCAUAGCCAGACUGACCUCACAGCUGGAGGCUUUCCAGGCUAAGAUGAAGAGGGUGGAGGAGUCCAUUCUGAGUCAAAACUAUAAGAAGCAUAUUCAGGAUUAUGGGAGCCCCAACCAGUUCUGGGAGCAGGAGCUGGAGAGCUUACACUUUGUCAUCGAGAUGAAGAAUGAGCGUAUUCAUGAGCUGGACAAGCGGCUGAUCCUCAUGGAAACAGUGAAAGAGAAAAAUCUGAUAUUGGAGGAAAAAAUCACAACCCUGCAACAGGAGAAUGAGGACCUCCAUGUCCGAAGCCGCAACCAGGUGGUCCUGUCAAGGCAGCUCUCGGAAGACCUAAUUCUCACGCGUGAGGCCCUGGAGAAGGAGGCACAGCUGCGACAACAGCUCCAGCAGGAGAAGGAGGAGCUGUUGUACCGGGUCCUCGGGGCCAAUGCGUCGCCUGCCUUCCCCCUGGCCCCUGUCACACCCACUGAGGUCUCCUUCGUCGCCACAUAGGGUGCAGGGCCUAGGCCCACCACGACACCUGAAGUCACAGCUUCUUCCAAGGGUUUUCCGGAGAAGACAGCAGGAGCCUCUCAGUUCUUUUCCAGGAAGGAACAAGGCGGGGAGCGAGAUGGGGAGCCAGGGUGUGUGCCCAGUGAGCCCAGGGGGUCUUGGGUUACACAGAAUCACCCGUCAGGCUUUGGAGGCGCCGAGAAGCAUCUUCCCUUGAGUUGGCCCAGGGAAUAAGCAAGAGAAGACCUUUCCUCCUUCCCUCGGCCUCUGUCCCAAUCUGAGAAGUUCCGAGGCUUUCCCAGAGGCAGCCUGCGUCACGAUGGCCAUUUGACAAAAAGGAGACAGCCCCUGGUCUCAGCUUGUCAGCUCUGCUGCCAACUGGCUGACUUCUCAACUUCCUGUAGGUGUUCUAACUCAGCACUGGCCUGCUCACAGUCUCACUGUACUCCUGCACUAACAUGGUGGGGGGACUCUUAGUCACUGCAGUGUCCCAUUCUAGGAUUGUCUGAAGGCCAGAGUAGGGGAAUGUGGACAAACCCUGCAAAUCAGAGUGGGAAAGGUGAGUGGCAGGGAAGGGGUCUCUGAAGGCCCUUGAGGGUGACAGGGCCAGGCAGCCUCCCAAGCUGAGGCACCGUUCCUGGGCCAGAGUCGAGUCCACCCGGGGCAGUAGCCAGAGCUCCUCCUCCUUCACCAGGCAAGGUGCAUCCCCUCAGCCCUCCUAGCCCUUCAGUCGUGGUGCCGCCUGGGCCCAGGGGCCAGCUUGGUGAUCGGAAUCCAUUCAUCUGUCAGAGCUGGAACCUCAUCCCUGAACAUAUGGGAAACUGAGGCACAGAGCAGCUCCCAGAGUCAAAGCUAGAUCUCAUCUGUCAUCCUUUGCUCUGUUUCUCUCCUCAGGCUCUGGGAAGGUCAGGUCUGUGAUGUAAUCUUCCUGACUUAAUCUUCCUCUCCCUGGCCCUCACCUGCUUAAUUCCUUUUUCACUCCUGCUUUCUGCCUUAACUCCUCCUCCUACUGCCCCUGAUCCCAGGCCCAGGCUUUUACUACCUGGCCCUCAGCCUCCCCAUCGGUGACAAGGUGUGGCCAGAGAACCAACCUCAGCAGGUCGUUCAGCCCUGGUAGUCUGUGGAUUUCAGAUUCUUCUCAGGAAGCUUCAGGUCUACUGGAGACUAUAAUUAUAACUCCUCUCCUGCAUAGAGCAUUUGCGUCAAAGGCUUUUCAUAUCCCUCCCUCCCCUGUCCUCAUAAGAUCCUUGAAGCAGGUUCCUAUUCCUCAUUGGGAACAGGGCAAACAGAUCACGGGAGUCAAAGGGCCUUGCCCAAGGUCCCCACCUUCAGCCCAGGCCCUAAGCCAGUGUCAGAACAGUCAAUCUGCAUUUUUCAUCAGUCAUUCUAUAGUGACAUCAUCCAGACUGCCUUCUGCAUUCCCCUGAGUACAGUCUCCUUCCUUUUCUAGUUUUAGAAGUUCAGAGGUGACUGUGUUUCUCCAUUCCCCAGCCAAGCAGGGGAAGAGGUGAGGCUAGGGUUGCGCUGUGCUGAUUCUUCAGCCCUGGUCAGACAGGUCACCCGGGAGCCUCGAGAAAAGCUUUUUGCAAAGCACAGCUGAGAUACAUUAGUUUAUUGGACUAAUGUCCAAGAGUGGGCAUGAUUGGUUGCCAACUUAUUUGGGGACACCUAAACAGAUCAGCGACCUGCGUGACUUCUCAGAACCUUUCAUUUGCCAAUGUGUGUUGCAAACUUACAAGAAGGGCGCUAAGAAUCCAGCAUCUCCCAAACCUCUUUGACCAAGCGUCUGUUUCUCCCAUACCUCUCACCUCACAGACAGGUCAGGCUGCAGAAUGUACUUUAGAAAGCAUUGUUUUAAUUGAGAGGGGCAUGGCUGGAGAAGGAGCAAGUUGUGGGGAGCCAGGCUUCCCUCCUGCAAUCUGUGGUGAAUGUGAAGGAGAUCAACUUCUCCUCACUCUGGGGCAGACAAUGUAUGGAAACUAAAAAGAACAUGCAGCACUUUGUUUACGUGGCUUCUGUGUUUUUCUGGGAGAGGGAAGGUGGGUCUUUACUGAGGACUUCUGCCAGUGGCGGGGAUCUCUGAAGAAUAAAUCCUGGGGCCUGGGUGGCCCACUCCUGGUUCUGGGCACCCUUCUCAAGUA